CAAGUUUGUUAUGAUGCCAUGGGUUCAGAGUGAACGCCAAACAGAGGUCAAAGUAAGCAAAGCGUACACUUUAAGUAUAGGAUAACCUGUUGGAGUGUACACACAUUAAACUGGAAAACAAGACAAUGUCGAAAUCAAGUUUUUAAUUAAAGUAGUUAAAAAUUAAUCAGUCAAGUUCUUUGCCCUGGACAUAUUGAGUCAAGAAACAUUCCCGACACAUUUUUAUUUUAUUUUUAUUCAUUUCAUUUCAGUUUUUUCUCUCUUUUUUCAUGUCAGACGAUUUUUAUACGAUCUUAAAAAUGCCUGCCGGAGGUGUGAAGUUAGGAGCUCUAAGAGGUGAUAUAAGCGCACCAAAUGCUUGGAAAAAUGUGGGAAUAGUUUCCAAACUGUACAUUUAUCCGCUCAAAUCCGCGGCAUUUAUUCCUGUACAGGAGAUGGAGGCCGGAAUUACGGCGGGAUUUAGCGGAUUUAUGACAGACAGACAGUUUAUGGUGACAGACAUGACGGGAAAGAUGAUUACAAGCCGACGAUAUCCUAAUAUGGUUUUAAUUAAACCAGAGGUCACUGAGAAAGAAAUAAGACUGCAGUAUUCUGGCAAAUCUGAAAUCUGUGUUCCCAUUCAAACAGGGGGAGAGGAGCUGACCUGCAAUGUUUGGGGAGAUUCAUGUAAUGGUCGAGAUCUAGGAGAGGCUGCAGGGCGUUGGCUUAGUGAGGUUAUCCUUGAGCAACCUCAGGGUCUCCGGCUUGUCUUUCAUCCUUCAGGUUUAAGUAGUAGACCGGACAAAGAGGAAAACAGCUACCUGGCUCCUCUAAAGAAGGCUGGAGAUAAACCAUAUUUUGCAGACGGGUUUCCGUAUCUUCUUCUCUCCAAACCAUCAGUUGACCAGCUUAAUAUCAACCUAGAGAACUCAGGGGCAGAUUUACAGGUUGAAGAGACCAGGUUCAGACCAAAUAUAUUUGUUGAAGGAGAUUUUCCUCCUUAUGCUGAGGAUCAAUGGUCUUACAUCAGGAUAGGAGAGAAUGUCGUCUUUAGAAACGUUCAGCCCUGCUCUAGAUGUAUAUUCACUACAGUAGAUCCAGGAACUGGACAGAAACAUCACAAAGGACAGCCAUUGAAAACUCUAAGGGAGUAUAGAUGUUCCGAGGAUACAGUAGAACGGAAAGAAUACGGGUUAUCUCCUUUCUUCGGUAUAAAUCUAGGCGUAGAACAUACUGGAACUAUCCGUCUUGGAGAUUCAGUUCAGAUCAAACUAUAAAUAUCCAUAUUAUAGGAUUUAUAUGUAAAGAGACUGGAGGCGUAAUAUUAAAGAUCCUGCAAUUGUAGAAAGGCAUGUCUGAUCAACAACGUUACCCAUUAAAACUUUGUCUGAUCAAGGAUGAAAAAGAUAAUUUUUAUGUCGAGCGUAAAUCAAAGUUGAUUUUUUGCUUCAGAGACGAUGAAGAUAAUUAUCAAAUUUCGACUUAUUUAGAUAGUAAAGUGCAACUAUCUUCCCCAUUGUUACGUAAAGAGUUGAUUAAAGAACUCUGGUGUGAAUCGGACAUGCCACUCUUAUUUAAGGAGGGUUACUUUCAAAUUAUUUCUACAUCUUACGUUUAACUCUGUUAAUGUGUUAAAAACAGGAAUAAUUGUUGUUUUGAUCAAGAAUUAUCGCUUAAAUAAUUUUGAAUUCUAUAAUAUAGUGUUAACUGACAUUUUUCCUAAAACGUUAAGAGCAUAAUUCUAGAAAAAAUUAUUUACACAAUAUAAAAUCUUUGAUAACAUUUCGUAAUAAGAGACGACAAUCAUUCCACUGUUUUUUGGUUACCACUGUAUAUAACUUGGUUUAAUCAAAUAUGUGCUUGUAUGAUUAAUUAAAAUAAAGGGAAAAUAAAUAAUGUUUUCAGUGUAAA